GAGUCACCAGGCAGCAUGCUGCCUGCCCUGCUUCUCCUGUCGAGCCUCUUGGGGGCUAUCGUGGCCAUCCCUUCCCUGGGACCUGUGGUAUGUGUAAAGGAUCCUGUGUGGCCGUGUCUGGAUGUGCGGGCAGCAGCAAAAUGUGGGGCUAUGAAGCAAUGCCAAAGGACUGUCUGGAACGCUCCACCCGCCAAGUCCAUGCAGUGCCUCAUAUGCCAGGACAUGGCAGCUUCGGUUAUGGAUACGAUGAACCACAACGCCAAGGCGUCUGACAACAUGGCUUUGCUGACGCACAGCUGUGAAUGGCUUCCCAACAAGGUGGCCUCUGCCGGGUGCAAACAGAUGGUGAACACCCACCUCUCAGCCAUCUUGAGCAUGCUUCACGAAGGCAGCACCCCGGCAACGGUCUGCACAGCGCUUAAAAUCUGUGAGCCAUUGCAGAGACACUUGGCCGGCCCAGGGCCACUCUCUAAAGAGGACUCCUCUGAGGCAGUGAGCCCAGGCGAUGUCGAUAGCUUCCCCGACCACCCUGCUCACCGGAUGUCAGGGCCAGUCCUAUGUCCAGACUGUGUCCCGCUAGUCUCCCGGCUCCAGGAUGCUGUCUGGAACAAUGCGACCUUGACAGAGACAAACAUCAAGGACCACUGUGAGUCCUUGGUGCCCGCCUUGACCAUCCUCUGCAAGAAAUACAUCUGGCAGCUGUCGGUCCCCGUUGAUCAAGUGCUGAUGCGUCUUCCAUCAGAGGUGGUCUGCCACAGGCGGAGAUUAUGCGACAAGAGGAGACCCACCCACCUGGCUCCCGAGGCUGCUGCAGACGGGGUGCCUCUCCUGGAACUGGGGGUGCUGAGGGAGACGGAUGAGAUCCAGAUGAGCAUGGGCCUGACCUGUGAUCUGUGCCUGAGUGUGGUCCGACAACUAGACAAGUGGCUCAUAAGUAACCGUACCCAGGCCAAGGUCAGCAAAGCCCUGCGGCACGUGUGCUCAGUAAUGCCUUCUUCUAUUGCCCAGCGCUGCAUCACUUUUGUGAACAAGUACAGCUCUGCCUUGAUGGAGUUCGUGGCCAAACUCACACCAGAAAGGUUGUGCAGGACCAUCCGUCUGUGCAGGAGCUUGAGGCUGACCCGAGAGGUCCACGAGACCUAUGAGGCCAAGCAGUCUCCUGAGAUGAACCUGACAGUGAACCGAGGCCACUUCUGCAACGGGUGCAAGAGGCUGUUCACCGUGUCCUCCCACAACCUAGACCACAAGAGCACCAAGAGGGAUAUCCUCCUGGCCUUCAAGGGUGGCUGCAGUGUCCUGCCACUGCCCUAUAUGAUACAGUGCAACCACUUUGUCACCCAGUAUGAGCCUGUCCUCAUCGAGAGUCUCAAGGACGUGAUGGAUCCUGAAGCUCUGUGCAAGAAGGUGGGGGCCUGCCAUGACCCAAAGCCCCUUCUGCUGGGUACCGACCAGUGUGUCACAGGCCCAAGCUUCUGGUGCACAAGCCAGGAGGCUGCUGAGCUGUGCAAUGCUGUACAGCACUGCCAGAGCCACGUGUGGAAAACAACACCCCUCCAGGCUGGAGAGCAGGCAUGACCGUGGCUGCCAGAGCCCCAGAUCCUGCUGGCGCAAGCUGUGUCAAGCUCCUGCACAUCACGGCACAGAGACCUCAUGAGGUGGGUGCUGACCCCAUCCCCAUUUCACAGACUAGAAACUGAGGCUCCCAGGAGGGAGACUGGAAAGAAACUGAGCUGA